CCUAGCUAUGUUUAGCUCGGAUGCGAGCGUCCCUCGUUGCUUAGUUAUCUCUAUCUCGACAUUAUGUCGACUUCAAGUGACUUCUACUUUGUUCUGACUUCGAGUCAUUCCCAGCUCUGCUGGCUAUGUGUUACCGUAUUGAGCUGUGAUGAUCUCUCGAUCUUAUUAGGAUCGACUUUCUAGCAUUAUUCUCUCAGCAUUAGCCUGAUUUAGCGAUCUCGUGAUCAAGUUGUUUUUGAAUUGUUACCUUAUCAAUAUUUACUUGGUCUUUUUAUUAUGAAUAUCUACUUCGUUGAACAAUAUUUUUUUAUAGAUAAGUACUUGCCAAUCAUUAAAUUGCAUACUUCAUUUUCUUUCCCCUGUUUGCAUGAUGUUUUGUAGUCUUUGUACUGUUCUUUCAACUUUAAUCUACUCUAUAAAGUUCCAUGGAAAGAAGCAAAAACAAUAAAUAUAUAUCUCUAAUAGAAUUUAGAAAUUUUAAAUCCUAAAGUAUGGGUGAAGCUCCAAAUCCCUCUCAAGAAACGUUUCUUCAAUCUCUUCUAAACCAUUCUAAUCCUUGUCAUCCAAUCGCCAACAAUGCAAUUUACACUCCUCAACAUCCUUCCUACUCGUCGGUUCUCCAAGCUUAUAUUCGCAACCUCCGAUUCAACACAUCAAAAACUCCUAAACCACUUUUUAUUCUCACCGCAAUGCACGAAUCCCAUGUCCAAGCUGCUGUUCUUUCUGCUAAAACACACGGUCUUCAGAUGAAAAUCCGAAGCGGAGGACACGAUUACGAAGGCUCUUCUUAUGUUUCAUCAGAUGUUCCAUUCUUUAUUCUUGACAUGUGUAAUCUUCGAUCCAUUGAUAUAGAUAUCGAAAACGAGACAGCUUGGGUUCAGACAGGUGCAACUCUGGGUGAACUGUUUUACAGAAUCGCCGAGAAAAGUGAAACUCACGGCUUUCCUGCAGGUGUCUGUCCAACAGUGGGAGUCGGAGGCCAUUUAAUUGGCGCUGGAUACGGAAAUCUGAUGCGAAAGUACGGUCUGUCUGUCGAUAAUGUUAUCGAUGCUAAAAUUGUUAAUGUUGAUGGAACAAUUCUUGACAGAAAAUCAAUGGGAGAAGAUCUGUUUUGGGCAAUUAGAGGAAGUGGAGCUAGCUUUGGAGUGGUUCUUGCGUAUAAAAUCAAUCUCGUUCGCGUUCCUCGAGUAGUAACUGUUUUUCGAGUCGAAAGAACAAUAGAACAAAAUGUAACUGACAUUGUCUAUCAAUGGCAACACGCUGCACCAGAAAUCGAUGAAGAUCUUUUCAUCAGGCUUGUCAUAGAUGUAAUAAGAAAUGACGGAACACGCGAAAAGACAGUACGAGGUACAUUUAUAGCCCUAUUUCUCGGAGAUUCCGAGAGACUGCUUCCAAUAAUGAAAGAAAGCUUUCCUGAACUUGGUCUGAUGAAACCUGACUGUAUAGAAAUGAGUUGGAUUGAAUCAGUUCUGUUUUGGACAAACUUCCCUGUCGGAACGCCAACCGAAGUUUGUCUCAGUCGAGAGCCUCAAAGCCUAGUUCACCUGAAGAGGAAAUCAGACUACGUUCAAGAACCAAUAUCCAAGCAAGAUCUGGAAGGAAUAUGGAAGAAAAUGAUGGAGCUAGAAGUUCCGGCCAUGGGGUUUAAUCCGUACGGUGGGAAAAUGAAAGAAAUUCCCGAAACCGAAGCUCCAUUUCCGCAUAGAGCUGGAAAUUUAUGGAAAAUUCAGUAUCAGAUAAACUGGACAGAAGAAGGAGAAGAAGCUGCAAAUUAUCACUUGGAAUUGGCGAGAGAGCUUUAUGAUUAUAUGACACCUUUUGUUUCGAAGAAUCCAAGAGCAGCAUUCUUGAACUAUAAGGAUCUUGAUUUGGGCAUAAACAAUCAUGGUAAACAAAGUUACGAGGAAGGAAUUGUUUACGGGAUGAAGUAUUUCAAGAAUAAUUUCGACAGGUUAGUCCAAAUUAAAACUAAGGUUGAUCCUAGUAAUUUCUUUAGACAUGAACAAAGUGUUCCAAUAUUUCCUAAUUAUUAAUGAAAGUUGGCUUAACCCAUCAAAAGGCCCCUGUACUUUGAAUCUUUUAUUUAUAUGGUCCUUCAAAGUUUGUCAUUCAUUAAGUCAAUUUACUCUUUGUUUCUUUUUUAUUUAAUGAGUCCUUUAUGGACAGAAAAAGUGAGUGUGUGUCUGAGUUGCCGUUAAGUGGUUAAAAUUUU